AUGCUACCAUCCGUCAGAAGAAUUGACCUGGAUAAGUUACAAAGUAUGCUCGAAACAAAACCACCGAUAUCAAAAGCCAAGAUGAUGUCAAUAACAAAAGCAGCAAUUAAGAGUAUCAAAUUUUACAAACAUGUUGUGAUGAAUGUUGAAAAAUUUAUUGCAAAAUGUAAACCAGAAUAUAAGAUUCCUGGAUUAUAUGUGAUUGAUUCGGUUAUUAGACAGUCGAGGCAUCAAUAUGGAUUAGAAAAAGAUGUUUAUGGUGCUCGAUUUGCUAAAAAUAUUGUGACAACAGUACAAAAUAUACAUAAAUGUCCUUCAGAAGAAAAAGUAAGAGUUAUGCAUAACAAAAUUACGCGUGUGUUAAAUUUAUGGCAAAAGAAUAGUAUAUUUGUUCCUGAUUUAUUGAGACAAUUAUUUGAAAUUCACAAUAAUGGCGUUGUCACUGAUUUAAAACCCGAUUUAUUAGCAUUAUUUGACGACAAGAAGAGUGAUAAAGCUUCAUUUGACUCAUCUGGAUCAUCUUCAAAUCAUCAAUUGAAUCGUUUUCAAGAAUUACGUGAAACGUUAAUACGUGCUCAAGCUAAAGGCGACACAGAUACAACGUCAAUAUUAACAGAAAUACAACAAAUAACAAAUCAAUUAUUAGAAUCGCAAAAGAAAUCAGAUGGUAGUAUCAAUAAUAAUAAUACAUCAGCAAUUUCAGCAGCUAGUACAACAAAGUCAGAAACAAUGCCCUCACUUGUUGGCAGUGUAUUGGACGAUUUUGAUUAUGGUUCUGAUGAAGAUGAUGAACAAUUACUAGCUGGAAAAGCAAUUGCUCGACAACAAGCGUCUCAAUCAUUUUCUCAACCCCCAACAACAUCUCUUGGACAAGUUUCCAACAUGCAGCCGCCAUCAAAUCAACUCCACUUUGCAACAUCUAGUUCCGAUCAGAGAUAUCUACAACCGCCUGUCUUGUACAAUAACAACUCAUCAUCAUUUUCCGGCGCCAAUGUUUUGUUUCCAAUGUCAUUUGAUCCAAGUCGACCUCCUCCUGUAUUUUAUCAGAAUGCACAACAAACUCUUCUGCCAUCAACUCAACAAUAUCCACAACAACAAAACUUGCAACAACAACAUGAUUAUAGUCAUCACACAUCACAUCGAAGACCAUCACAUGAGCCCAAUGAUGUUGACCUAAGACCAGAAGAUAUGGAUGCCGAUAGUUUUGAUGAAUCACCGCAACCACCUCGUACAAAUGAUAGACAUUAUCCUCGCGGACAUAGACGUUCGCGAUCAAGAUCCGGUUCAAGAGAUCGUAAACGUCAACGUUCAUCGUCAGGCUCAGCUAAUAAACGUGACGCUGCGGCAUCUCGUUUAAAAGAAACCGAACGGAAAGAACGUCGUCGAAAAGGUUUACCACCACUAAAAGAAGAUCAUCUUGUUGUUAGUUCCAGAACAUUAUGGUUAGGUCAUCUUCCGAAAAUGAUCACGGAAAUGGAUUUACGUGAGACACUUGAACCACAUGGUGAAAUUAAUGACAUCAACAAUAUACCACCGCGUGGUUGUGCGUUUGUAUGUUUUAAAGAGAGACAAGAUGCGGCUAGAUGUCUGGAAAAAAUGAAAGAUUUUAAAUUUCAAGGAAAUCCAAUUAAAAUUGCAUGGGCAACGAACAAAGGUGUUAAAGAUCGCUUUAAGGAUUAUUGGGAUGUUGAACAUGGUUGUACUUAUAUACCAUAUAAUGAAUUAAAAGAUGUUAUUAGUACAACGAGUUUGGAAAGUUUGGCUGAAGGUGGUGUUAUUGAUGACGAAUCGAUUCCAGCUUUUUUAAAAUCACCAUCCAUGCCAUCAGCAGCAUCGACCAAUAAAACUAUCUUACAUACACCUCAACCUGGUCUGUUACCGCCCCCACCUCCUUCGUUUCCCGAUCAAGUGCUCGUUGCCCAUACACCGCCAAAUAUUUUAAUUCCAAACGCACAUUUUGAUACGCCAGGAGGACGUUCACAACAGCAGCAACAACAGCGAGAUUUAUCUGCAGAAAUUCAAGCAACGCAAAACGGACAAUUAUCUCACCAACAUCCAUCUUUAUUACAAGCGCCAUCAACAGCAAGCAUCGUUCGUACUAGUCUCCCAGGACAGUUGCAACAGCAGCAGCAAGAGAUUCCUCUAAUGUCACAAUCUGGUUUUCAAGCUGGCGUACCUGUGCAAAUGUUACCUCAUCUCAUUCAAGUACAAUCGAUGUCUGGUCAUCCACAACUUCAACAAGUUCAACUUGUUCAACGAAUCGCGGGAACCGUAUUACCAAAUGGACAAAUUAUUCGUCAAGUUCCAUUUGGUCAUAUGGUUUCUCAACAAGGUCUACAAUUGCAUCACAGUGCUGCGGAUAUUAAAGAAUUAAACAGUCAAGGCAUCGCUGGUGGUCCAACAUUAAUUCAGCUUCAACCUUCUGGAGCUACCGGACACCAAACAUCUUUAAUUCGAACUACACAACAAGAUUCAAAUGACUUUCUUUCAAAUAUGACAAUGCCAUCUGUAAUCAAUCGUCAAUCUCCUCGUUCAAAUCAAAUACCUAGUGAUGAUGAACAACAGUCACAACAAAGGACAGCCUUUACUCUUACUCGUCAUGAUCAAUCUGUAAUUGAAAAUCAAGGAGAUAAUAUAGGUUUUAAUAGUGAAGAGAUAGCGUCUCAAAUGCGAAUUUCGCCAAUAAAUCUUGUUCAACAUCAACAACGUCCUACAAUGUUUCAUCACCAACAUCCACAUCAAACACACAAUGGACCACGUUUCCAAUCGUCUACACAAUUUAUUGCUACUGUGGGUGGUCAACCAUUAAUUGCAAAUCAAGCACGUGGUGGACCAAUUUUGAUACGAACACAAGAUGGACAAUCAAUAUUACCCUCAUCUAAUUCUCCAUCAACACCACAGAAGCAACAAAAUCCGUUUGCGCGUGGAGCGCUUCUACCGACUCCACCUAACGUUUCUGAAUCAGAAAAUUUACUUCAUGAUACUCCUCCAUCUGGACGCUACCAUACAGAUCGUUUUGAUCAACAACAAGAUGAUAAUACUUCAAUCGAAAAAGAUGAUGAAGAUAAUCGUUCGUCGUAUCGAGGACGUGGUGGACCCAGACGACCGUUUUACAAUCGAGGUGGCCCCAUGACACGUGGAAACAGAGGAAAUCGAGGAGGUUAUGAUCGACAAGAUAGUGGAGGUCGAGGACAGUAUCAUCGGGGAGAUUUUCGUACUGGUCGUGGCGGUGCACAUGAAACAAUGAGAGGAAGAACUGCAGGCGGAGGCGGCGGUCGGUAUCGUGGCGGCAACAUGCCAUCGAGAUUUAGUGAAAAUACCGAUAGGCGUCGACCACGUAGUCCAUCAUCAAGUGGACAGCAUUAUAAUCGUGGAAAUGAGCGUUUAAGAGAUGAUAUGAGAAAUGAUGAUUAUCAUCGUCGCGGCGGUCAACAUCGAUAUACACAACAAUCGCAACAGUUUAAUUUCAGUGAACGUGAAUCUCGUCGUUUACCGGAAGAAGCAUUACGUCCAGAUAAACCACAAUUUGAAACAAGAAAUGACUAUCGUUCAAAUCGCUCGAUUGAUGAUCUAACAACAACUCAUAAUAAUAACAAACUUGACACAUCAUCAUCGAUACCCUCAGAUAUUAUAAUAAAUUCAGAUGAUAAUAAAAAAUCGAAGAAUGAAGGUAUUGCCGGUGAAAAUUAA